AUGUCCGACGUAACUUCUCGCCAAAUGACAACCACCACUGGAAAUUGGGAUGUCUCGCAGAUAUCGUCUCAAAAGGGAAGACUAGCAAUCGUCACGGGGGCCAAUUCGGGUAUCGGGUACGAGACCGCUCUCGCACUUGCAAGCAAAGGAGCGACUGUGGUUCUAGCGUGUCGUAAUGCAGCACGUGGUCAAGAAGCCGAGACGAAGUUACGAGCGGCUUUGGCUGGGACUUCCGAGGCUGGAAGUGUCGAGUUCAUGAAGCUGGAUGUGAGCGACUUGACCAGCGUCCAGGAGUUCUCGAACGAGUUCAAGAGCAGACACAACCGCUUGGAUCUGUUGAUCAACAACGCUGGCAUCAUGGGGGGAGCGUUUCGACUGUCAGCGGAUGGCUACGAGCGUCAGUUUGCUACCAACCAUUUGGGUCACUUUGCCUUGACGGCGCACUUGUUCCCCUUGUUGAAACAGAGCGCGCCGUCACGCGUUGUCAACGUCAGUAGUGUGAUGCACCGCUCGGCUUCAACGUGGAACGAGGACGCGAUUAUGGUGACGAGCGAAGACAAGUACCGGGAGAUGGCAAACUACAGCGUGACAAAGCUGAGCAACAUCUUGUUCACGAAAGAGUUGGCUCGUCGCAUUAAAACGGCAGGCGUCAAGGGAGUCACUGCCGUUGCCUGUCAUCCUGGAGUGACUGCUACGAGUCUGGCUACUGUCUCUGCAGAGAGCAGCCGUAGCUGGUUCUGGUGGCUCGUGUUCAAGGUGACCGACUUGUGUCCGCGCCAGAGCUGUGCAAUGGGUGCGCUGCCGACGCUGCUUGCAGCAACUGGCACGGAAGUCGAAGCCGGCGAGUUCUUUGGACCCAAGCAUUUGAGGAUGUUCGGAUACCCAGUGCGUGAACUCCCGUCCAGGCUGAGCGAGUCGAAGUCGGGUGCGACAAAGUUGUGGACCUUGAGUGAACAGCUCACGCGCGUGUCUUUCGAUGUUAGCAAGUAA